UGCGGAACCGAAACAGCCCGACGCCUCCCGGGUCGCCCGGCCUCCCCGCGCUCCCCAGUCCGGGGCUGGGACCCACGUGGAGCGCUCGCCACGAGCCGGGAAAGGCUGCGGUUCCCUGGCUUCGAGUCCGGCAUGGCGGCGCCCCGGGUGAUCGUGGAGCCCGCGGGCCGCGUGUGCUGGGACGAGCCCGUGCGCAUCGCCGUGCGCGGCCUGGCCCCCGAGCAGCCCGUGGCGCUGCGCGCGUCCCUGCGCGACGAGAAGGGCGCGCUCUUCCGGGCCCACGCGCGCUACCGCGCCGACGCCCGCGGCCAGCUGGACCUGCAGCGCGCGCCCGCGCUGGGCGGCAGCUUCGCGGGGCUCGAGCCCAUGGGGCUGCUGUGGGCCAUGCAGCCCGACAGGCCCUUCUGGCGCCUGGUCAAGCGGGACGUGCAGACGCCCUUGCAGGUGGAGCUGGAGGUGCUGGACGACCGCGAGCCCCACGAGCCCCAGGAGUCCGCCGGGCCCGAGGGCGGGCGGGUGCUGGCGCGCGCGGUGCACGAGCGGCACUUCAUGGCGGCCGGGGUGCGGCGGGUGCCGGUGCGCGAGGGCCGGGUGCGGGCCACGCUCUUCCUGCCGCCAGGCCAUGGACCCUUCCCAGGGAUCAUUGACGUGUUUGGUCUUGGAGGGGGCCUAUUGGAAUAUCGAGCUAGCCUUCUGGCUGGCCAUGGCUUUGCCACCUUGGCUGUAGCUUUUUCUAACUUUGAAGAUCUCCCUAAGGAUUAUAACUGCUUAUUGGUGGACUACUUUGAAGAAGCCAUGUGCUACAUGCUUCAGCACCCCCAGGUAAAGGGCCCAGGAAUUGGACUUUUAGGCAUUUCUCUGGGAGCUGAUAUUUGUCUCUCAAUGGCCUCAUUCUUGAAGAAUGUCUCAGCCACAGUUGCCAUCAAUGGCUCUUGCUUCAGUGCAAACAGAACCAUACAAUACAAGCAGACUAAGAUCCCACCAUUAGGCCAUGACCUGAGGAGAACUAAGAUGGCUUUCUCAGGCAUUCUGGACAUCCUGGAUACACGGAAUGAUCUUAUAGGAGGGUAUAACAACCCCAGUAUGAUUCCAAUAGAGAAGGCCCAGGGGCCCAUCCUCUUCAUUGUUGGCCAGGACGAUCAUAACUGGAGGAGCGAGUUAUAUGCCCAAACCGCCUCUGACCGGCUACAGGCUCAUGGAAAGGAAAAACCCCAGAUCAUCUCCUAUCCUGGGACUGGGCACUACAUUGAGCCUCCUUACUUCCCCAUGUGCCCAGCAUCCCUGCACCUAUUACUAAAGAAAGCUGUAAUGUGGGGUGGGGAAGUCAGGGCUCACUCUAAGGCCCAGAUAGAUGCAUGGGAACAAAUUCUAUGCUUCUUCCACAAACACUUGGGUGGUUCCCAGAAGAAGACUUGUAAAUUGUAACACAUUUAUUAGUCUGUUGUUGACAUGGAAGAUUCGAGGUCAAAUUGUAGUGUUUGGUAAUAUUAUGUGAAUCAUUUUCCCCAUAAACAAUACUAAAUUCAUUCUUUGAAAUUUUAGAUCACUUUAUUGAAUAGGUUGUAUUUGUCCAUACUGUAUUUAUGAAUGUAUCACAGGCUUACUGCAGAAGAUUCAGACAUAUAUAACACAAGAAAAUAUAAAAGCAUGAUCACUA